UUCCAACAUGGCAGCCUCCAGCCGCGCACAAGUGUUAGAUCUGUACCGGGCGAUGCUGAGAGAGAGCAAGCAUUUCAGCGCCUACAAUUACAGAAUGUAUGCUGUCAGGAGGAUAAGAGAUGCCUUCCGAGAAAAUAAGAAUGUAAAGGAUCCUGUAGAAAUUCAAGCCCUGGUGAAUAAAGCCAAAAGAGACCUUGAAAUAAUCCGUAGACAGGUGCAUAUUGGCCAACUGUAUUCGACUGACAAGCUGAUCAUUGAGAGUCAAGAGAAGCCCAGGACAUAGGAGCCUAGCCUAGGAAACAGCCUCCAGCAGCAGGAUUGACCACCUUCAGCUCCAUUCUGUGUGGUGUGGAACCUCCCAUUACGGGCUGAACGUGGCCUCUUGCUCUGCCUGCCUUGUAGGGGCUGAUAAACUGGGUCACAUCUGCAUUCUGUCAAAGCCAUAAUGUGAAGAAAUGGCUGUGUGUUCUCAAUCCAAGUGUCAGAAUGAAGAGCUGGAGGUCACUCAGAAUAAUGCCAUGUGUUAUUGUGUCUCCUCUCCAUCUCACCCAUCUUACAGAUCAUCUAUGUAUAGAGCUUUUGCAGACUUUGUGUCUUAGUUAAAAAUAAACAGAAUUAUAUCCCUACCCUUUUGUACCAAAUAAACCCAUUACAGUGAA